AUGUUAUUAUUUGGUAACUUGCUAUUUCCCGAUGGCACGGGGAAUAGUAUAAAUUUUAUGUACUUGUGUUUGCUUGAGGAUAUUGAUACCAUCAAGACGUAUAGUUGGGGUUAUGCGGUUUUGGCUUACCUCUAUAGCUCCUUGUGUAAAAAUGCUAAAAAAGAUAGUUGUAAAUUUUAUGGAUGUGCAUUCUUACUCCAAGCAUGGGGAUGGUGGAGAAUCCCGAGGCUAGUCCCUGAAAACCCGCACAUAUUCGUCUUCCCGUACGCGUCAAGGUUUAAUGCAACUGGAUUGAAUUAUAGCCUAACGCCCAAAAACAAAAUAAUUUUUUAUCGCCAACUCUUGGAUCGUCUUCGAUCACAAGAUUUUACUUGGAGACCAUAUUUGGAAUUGGGCCAUGAACCCAACGAAGCAGAUGCAACUGUUUGCACAGCAAAAACGCCUAUCAUAAGGUUCACCACUGUGGAGAUGCACCACAGUGACCGUGUCAAACUCCAAUUCGGCAUGCAUCGAGAAAUCCCGUGCCCCCCGAUGUGUUUGGACCCUUGGCAUCUUAAAAAAGUCAGCAACCAGUGGUACAGACAAAAUUGGAAGUCAUUCGCUAAGGACUUCCGUAAAAUGUGGGGUCGGCGUUCCAAAAAUGUAAUUGUAAAUAGAGAUUAA